CCGUAGACUCGCCUCGCCAUGCGAAAAUCAACACGAAUGGCAAACGGGCGUGUGAACAAUUUUGCGUUCUUGUGCGUUUUCGCGGGCUGCUUUUCUCGCCUUUUUUUCCUUGUGGGCGCAAGGGCUGCUCUUCGACGACGUCGAGGCGGAAUUUUCACCGGCAGGGCGACCAGGUCCAUCUCGUCGACCUUCCGUCCGCGGGCAAGUGAGCAAAGGGCGACUUGCCCGGCUGGAAGACGAUGCAGAGCGCAUGCGAAGCAAAGUUCGUUCCUUCUGCAGCCCAAGCGGCUUCACGUCGUUUCCUGGUAGCAAACUUCUAGGGGCGGGUUGGUGAUCGAAGAAACAGACAAAGGCAUGGGCAUAGUGGAACGACGGAAGGGAACACGGGAGGCUUUGAGGCAUCUUUUGUCUAUCCGGCAGGUCUUUUGUCCACAGGAACCGGGAUGCUUGUCCAGGACUUGGUCAUGGGAGACGGCGACGGUUCAAAGGUCGCAGACGAUAAAGCGUAUGUCUCUCCGCUGCCUCUACUUCGUUCGAAAGAGGAGCAGGUACACUACAUGUGAAUUCCGAACGCAUUUCAACGAACAGGCCAACCAUGACAGGCUCAUACAGUUCGACAAGGCGCGUGUUGCUUUCAACGUGGCUGCAACAACAAAUCGAUGAAAGCACAAGACUAUACAGCGGCAAAGUCGGCGGCUUAAAGGCAGUGCUUGAGGACGGAAGAGCAGCUAGGGACGGGUCGAGCUAGCUGGGGACCACUGUUGCAUGGCCAGUCACCCGGAGGGAUUGGUGAGGAUACUGUCGGCCUUAAAGCCAUGUGUCAAUGUGAGCAAGGUCCGUGGUGUUACAGAGUCGCCUGGAUGAGGUGGAAGGAUUUCCAAGACACAAGGACGUUAUUUUGCGUCGUUAUUCAACCCUUCGUGUAGCCUCUCCAGCCGUGACCAUCGUC